GGGUGGGUCGAGUCCUUCCCGGCGCUCUGCAUUCACCAUGUCCCUCUGUCUUCAGGCGCUCAGCUCAGUGAUAACUGGUGGUGCUUUCAUUUUCUAAGUGUUCUGUGCUAUUGUUUUCAUUGGACAUUUCACACUUUUCUACUUCGAUUUACGGUAUUCGAGUGAGGGAUGAGUAUGCGGUUGAUGACGUCACUCCUGGCCACUCUGGUGGUGGUGGGAGUAGGGGCGCAGCAGGGCGCGAGGGGGUGGUUCUCCCCGCGGCGGACGGUGACCAAGGUCCUGGAGCUGCGGAGCCUCGUCGUCACAUCCACCCCUUCCUCCUGCGUCGCCGUCCAGACCUCCCUACCCCCGUGCCGACAUAUCAGACAGCUCAAUCUGAGCCCCACCAGGCCGACAAGGAUUUAUGCGACGCGAGCCCCAGAGAUGCAGAUGCAGACCCAGCCAAUGCGAUUGGAGCCGAGCAACGGUAUGAUGUUCGGGGGCCCACCGGACCCACACAUGGGACCCAUGGCCGACCAGAACCAGCACCAGAACCAACAAGUGCAUCCCCCGCCGAACCAGAACCAGAACCAAAACCAGGGUGGCGGUCUCGGCUGGUUCUUCGGUCUCCAGGACGCGACCGUGACGAACACGGUGGUUCGACCCUUCACCAAGACCGUCACGGACCCCAACACCAUCGUCACGUUCUCCGUCAAGGGUUGCCAACCCUCCCGACUCCCGUUCGACCUGGGGCCCUGCGAGGACGGGCCCUUCGACAAGGACGAGGCCGAGCUGGCCAAGGCUCCCGCCUCCGGCACGCCCACACCACCGCCCUCUGUUGCUGCCGCCAGGGGCGCUGUUUACCAUUGAGGGUCCCCUUUAUCUUAAGUCUGUAUCCACGGAACUUGGAAGCUCUUCCAAUGUGACAGAAACUGAGGGUUUCCAAAAGUAAAUGCGUUGUUUAUAAUGACAAUGAAUAGUUGGAUUGCAUUUUGCAAAGAGGAGCCAGGAGCAUUGUAAUGUUGCUGGGAUUUAAACUUCACCCUUGCCAUAAAACUACCGUAAUCAUGCAAAAAAAUGAUAUUUAUGUGGACAUUUAUGUCUAAAAUUUACAGGUUUUAGCGUGUAAAAUAGAAAAUAUUUAAAAAUGAUCAGGUUUUUUUUCCCAGGACAAAAGAAUUUAUACCAUCUGAGCAACGUUGAAAUGCUCUUGGUUUCUUUCUGCAAAAUCCAAUCCAGUUCGUGUAUGGCUGUAAAAAUCGUAUUUUUAAGGAAAAUCCCUCUACAUGGAGAAAAAAACAUCAUAUUCGAACUUCAGCUUAAUCGGAACAGCAAAGUUUUCGGUCCAGAUAAAGGUAACAACACAUUUUUCCACUAAUCGUAGAUUGACGAAUAGCCGUUUUAUGUGACACUUUUCGACAUAAUCACGAAUUCACAAAAAAAAUCAAUGGAUGAAGAACAUGCCAUGGAUCCACAUGGAUAAGUGUUGCGGCGGAAAAAUCGAACCAUCAGUCGUCGGUUAAAAUUACGAGCCUAAGUAUGGUUGAAUAAACUGUGGUUCCCUCGACCGAAGUUCGGUUUCUGACCGAAAACUUUGUUGUUCCCUCGGAAACCGAGGUACUUUUUCCUCCGUGUGUCCGAAAAAUUUUAAGCCAUAAUUAGCAAUUUUUGACUGUCUUGAGGAAUUUAUUUCAUGGUCCUUAGAAUGUCGUUUUUACUUUUAAAUUACAUCGUAUCCUUACGGAAUUUCUUUCUUUAGUAGCGGUUACUGACUACUCAAAACCCAACAAUUUUUUUUUACUUUAGAAAUGGAAGUUCUGUGAAUUGGUCUCUUGAAAAACUUAGAUGUCGGGCCGUUUUUUUGGUUGGCAUAAAAUUUAGUCAGAAAAAUAUGAUGCAAGUAAUUACAUUAUGGGAGUUCCUUUACAAAAAAACUAGACACUCAGAUUCCUCACGAUGUCUCGUUGUCCAAACUAAUCAAUUCAGCAAUUUACUCAAAAGACAUGCAGUGGUAAAAUUGAUACUGAAGAUUCAUUAUUUGUGUACGAUGUUUCAAGCAAUUGUUCUCAAUAAAUAAUAAUUUUAGUGACCUA